GUAAUUCCUUAAUAGUUUGGAAGGAAUUUAUGAGCCAUUUUCCUUUGGUGGCUCUCACACUGCUAAUUCAUGCACAUCAACUUCUUUUUUAAAAAUAAAAUUCAAUAGUUAACAACGAGGAUCUUUACGGAUACUCAUAUUUGUUUUGACCUGGUGGGUGUCAACUUGUAUCUAAUUGGUCCAGAUCACCAAGCAGUUUACUUUGGUCUGCUAUUUAUUUUGUAUUCAUUAACAAAUUGUGAAAGUAUACCAAUGCAUGUGGAUGAAUUAUUACGAAAUUGAUUUUUAUGGAGGUUCUCAAUGCAUUGUUCAACCUCUGCAAGAUCAAUAAGAGGAGACAAGAACAGGCAGCAGAAAAUGGAAUUAUCCCACAUUUGAUGCAUAUUAUAAUGUCUGGAUCUCCAUUGAAACAAUAUGCAUUGCCUCUUUUAUGUGAUAUGGCUCAUGCAUCACGCAAUUCUAGAGAACAGCUAAGAGCACAUGGUGGAUUGGACGUGUACCUUAGCCUUCUGAAAGAUGAGCUCUGGUCUGUUACUGCAUUAGAUUCCAUUGCUGUUUGUUUAGCACACGACAAUGACAGCAGGAAACUGGAACAAGCAUUGCUUAAAAAGGAUGCUAUAUAGAAACUGGUUAAGUUCUUUCAGUGCUGUCCAGAACAGUAUUUUCUGCACAUAUUGGAGCCUUUUUUUAAAGAUUAUCACCAAAUCAUCACGAAUAAACACCACACUGGCUGUCAAUGGUUUGACCCCAUUGUUAAUAUCUAGACUUGAUCAUCAGGAUGCUAUAGCUCGUCUCAAUCUUCUAAAAUUAAUAAAGCAUGUUUUUAAUGAGGCAUCCCCCAUGGAGUGAAUCACACAUCGAUGAGACUGUGAGCGGAUUCUUGAAGAUGACAAACGAACUGCAUAUGAUGAUUUCUUCAUCCACUCUUAUGAUGCUCAUUGCGCUCUAAGCCAAUGAUGUACUUUGUACCAGAGAAGAUCCUUUCAAAACAAUGACCAAAUUAUGUUGUUUUUUUCUUGCUUUGCCAUGCUAGACAGCGAGUCGGCAGUGCACCUUGUACUGAUUGGUGCAGUCUCUCUUUGCCACUCUGGACAGCGAGUCGGUAGUGCACCUCGUAUUGAUUGGUGUAGUUUUUCUUUACCACUCCGGACAGCGAGCUGGUAGCACUUCAUGAAGAUUUGCGUAGUUUUUCAUACUUGCCAUGCUCCGGACAGCGAGUUGGGACGACGUGUCAGUUGUGUGCCAUUCCGUGAUGGAUUUUGUUCUACUUCCUUUUCGCCUCGAGUUCCCACCUGCUCGGGAAGUGGGGGACUCAUGAUGGAUACUCUGGACAUGUAAGUAUCCCGUCUUUGUAUAAUAUUAGUUGGGGCGGUUCAUAAAGUAUAGUAAUGUGUACGUGUACAGUGUCACUUUACCUCUACAUUACCAAAGUGCGAACUCUUAUUCGAGAAUAAAAACAUGGAAGUCUCAUUUUGGUACUUUUUCUAUGUUUUAGUUGUAUUUAGGAUGAUUUUUAU